AUGAUCCAAGUUUAACCAGAGACUUUGCUAAUAGCUGAGAAUUUUAUUGGACCUAUUACUUCAAAUGAAGGUAAAAUUUUUUUAAUAGAUUUGAUAGGGUGGGUUAUCUAUUAUUGUUAUUCAUCUUAUCUUAAUAGAUGUGGAUCUUGUUUCGGUGGGUAUGGUAGUUUUUAUAUUUAUACUUAAAUACUCAAAACAUUUGAACUUCCUCCACAUUAUUAGAUUAUAAUAAGUUUUACAUUUUUGAGGUAUUUUUUAAUUUAUAUUUUAGAAUCGAUUAUUGGAAUAAUAUUUGUAAUUUUAUUGUUUAUGUUGAUAAUGUUUAAGUAUCUAACAAACAAUAUUCAAAUGCGGAUAGCUCAACUAAUAUUUGUGGGAGUUCCUCCUGGUCUGAUUCUGAAAAUCAGAUAGAAAUACAAGCAGAUCAUUAUAGUAGUACAUCAACAAUACUUAUGGCAGUGGGAGAAAUUUAUAAUUGUGAUUACUGGGCAAUCUCAAAUUUCAAGUUAUUUAUUAAAAAAUGUCCAAAUGGAUGCAUUUCCUGUAAUGCAUUUGAGUGUUUUAAUCAAGUAUUGGUAAUAGAACUAUUUUCUAAACGAUGGUUUGAUAUCAUAAAUAAUUGGGAGGGAUGGUNCAUCAAACAUGCAACAUUAUCAUUAUAAUAUAAAUUAUAAUUAUAUUAAUUUUUAGAAGUUCAGAAAUAACAAAAAUCUAUUAAAAUAUAUAUUCUUUAGAAUUCUAAAAGAAAAAAAGGCUUUGUUUUAAUUAAAAAAAUUUCCAUUUUUGAAUGA